AUGGUUCCAUGGAUGCUACUUUUGUGCCUCAUCAUGGUGUUUGGAGCUUUUGGUGCCCAAGCUGCUGGUGAUAAUAAGCCGGUUAGGGCUUUCUUUGUGUUUGGAGAUUCACUUGUUGAUGCUGGCAACAACAAUUUCUUAGUCACCGCUGCUCGAGCCGAUACGCCGCCUUAUGGCAUCGAUUAUCCUACUCAACAGCCGACCGGCCGGUUCUCUAAUGGACUCAACAUUGCUGACAUUAUCAGUGAGAAAAUCGGGUCGGAACCAGCAUUACCAUGCUUGCAUCCACUUCUCCAUGGAAAUCGGCUGCUUAUCGGUGCCAACUUUGCUUCUGCCGGAGUUGGAAUCCUCAAUGACACUGGUAUUCAGUUUGUUGAGAUAAUCAGAAUGUACGACCAGUUGGAUUUCUUCAGAAAGUACCAAAGAGAGUUGAUUGCUCAUGUAGGAGCAGAUAAAGCUAAAGAGAUCGUCAAUGGAGCACUCUUUCUUGUCGUUGUUGGUGGAAAUGAUUUUGUGAACAACUAUUUCUUGGUGCCUCACUCUGCUAGAUCUAACCAAUUCUCUUUACAUGAUUAUGUUCCAUUUCUCAUAUCCCAGUUCAAACCAAUUCUCACCACUUUAUAUGAUUUGGGGGCACGUAGGAUUCUUGUGACGGGUAACGGACCGUUGGGUUGUCCUCCGGCGGAAUUGGCUGCGCGAAGCAAGAACGGGGAGUGUGCGACAGAGCUACAACAAGCCGCGAACAUGUUUAACCCACAACUCAGUCAAAUGCUUAAGGAACUUAACACCAAUUAUAAACGUGACAUUUUCGUUGGUGUUAAUAUGGAUAUCUUGCAAGAUGACUUCAUCACCGACCCUAAAAAAUAUGGAUUUAGUACAUCAAAGGAUGCAUGUUGUGGGCAAGGAGCUUAUAAUGGGGUUGGAUUCUGCAAUCCGACGUCGUUUGUGUGCCAAGACCGUAACCAAUAUGUGUUUUGGGAUCAGUAUCACCUGACUGAGAAGGCAAACAGGAUUGUGGUUGAUAAGAUGAUGUCUGCUUCUGCUGACUUCAUUUUCCCUAUGAAUCUUAGCACUAUCAUGGUUAUGGAUGCCAAAGUGUGA